CGAAACGUUGAGUGUCUAAUUAAAUAGAAACAACAUUUUGGUGUUAUUAGAUCGUUUAUUUCUAGUAUUAAUUAAAGUGUGCAAAAUGUUUAUAAGAGAUCGCUGAAACAGUGAUAAUAAUUUAGUAUGAUGCCAGUACAGUGUUACUGACGUAAAUAACAUUUGUAGGUUGAGUCAUCAUGAACACCAAUGCAAAAGACACCAGUUAGACAUAGAGGAGUUUGCUUCUGAUUUUGAGUGUUACUAGAUGUGGUCAGCUGUUGUGACAAAAGAAAUUUCAAAUACCGGUCUGUACAGAACACUUAUAUAUCUGCAGGCUUAUCGAAGAAGAUUCUGCUUGAAAUCACCAAGAUUUAAUUUUAAUAAUAAAAAAAAGAAAUAUAACGGAAUUCACGUGACACUGUUGGUGCUGGUAGCGCAUGGGUGAACGAGUUUCUCGAGUUAUCAGGGAACUCCUCGAUCUUUGUCAAAGCCUCUUUGUUAGUAUAUAAGCCUGGCAGAGAAACCCUGCGGAAUUGAAUGAUGAGAGUUCCGGAUGGACUUGAUGUGCAAAGUCUCAAAACGUGAAAAUAAUACAAAGUGCUCUGGAUGGUUUCAUUAACACUCACAACAUGGAAAGAUCUGGAAAGGAACAUGAAAUAUUCUCUUUAGAGUUCUCAGCAAUUUGCUAGAUCAGGCUUUUGUUAUGGAGACACCCGUGUUGAAAGUUCCUGGGGACAUUACUUUAUUCCUCCAAGCAGGGUUGGUGAAAGAUAUUGUUACUGUAGAUAUCAGUGAACUAAACCUGAAGACUCUCAAAGAUGUGGCAUGUAACUUUAUUGAUAGGAAGUUUCCUGAUCAUGGCUUAAAUCGCCUGAAUGAGCGCCUUAUUCUAUUUCGACAUGAGUACAGUUCAGAAAACAUGCUACUUCCAAUUAAUGCAGCCUCAGAUGUCACAGAAAACACUGUUGUGGAAGUUGUUCUGUCAGUAAACAACCCAAGUGAUGAUGUUCAGAUCCGACCACAUAGCUUAAUGGUACACUCAUACAAGUCUCCCAAUUUUUGUGACUUCUGUGGAGAACUAUUAUUUGGUUUGGUUAGACAAGGACUCAAGUGUGAAGGGUGUGGCUUAAACUUUCACAAACGGUGUGCUUAUAAGAUUCCCAACAAUUGUACACACACACGUAGACGUAGGUCUUCAACAUAUCUCUACCCCAGGAGUCCUACGGAGUCUCUACAGAGAACAGCAAGCAGUGGACCAAUAUUUUCAGAUGAAACUUCUCUGUUUCCAGUUUCACCAAAUAAAGAGAAGAAAUCAUCGGUUAACAUGGGUAGGCCACCUUGGGUGGAUAGAGAGCUGGCUGGAAGAAUUAGAGUCCCACAUACAUUUGUUGUCCAUUCGUAUACUCGACCCACACUGUGUCAGUAUUGUAAAAAGCUUCUGAAGGGCCUGUUUCGGCAAGGCAUGCAAUGCAAAGAUUGCAAGUUAAAUGUUCAUAAGAGAUGCAGUGAAAAAGUCCCCAUGGAUUGUACAGGAGAGGCACCAAAAGAGUGGCUAGAAGGAGGAGAAAGUGUUGAAAGUGAAAAUGGCGGAGAUAGUCUGGAUGGAGAGAAUGAAGCUGAAAGAGUUGAUGAUGAGGACUCGGAUAAUGAAAGUAAGACAUCUUCUGAUAAAGGAGAAGAUGCUAAACUUCCUCUGAAUGGUACAAGCAGCAACAAUAUUCCCCUGAUGAGGAUAGCACAAAGUGUGAAACAGACCAAACAGAAAAGCUCAAAGGUGCUCAAAGAAGGCUGGAUGGUACAUUACACAAAUAAAGACAGCAUGAGAAAACGACACUAUUGGAGGUUGGAUACUAAAGCAAUAACAAUGUUUCAAAAUGAAAUAGCUUCCAAGUACUAUAAGGAAAUCCCACUGUCAGAAAUAUUGUCCAUUGAAACUGCAAAGCAUCCACUAAAUACUGAAUCAUCUAGAUCCUGCCAUUGUUUUGAGCUUCGAACAGCCAAUUUAGACUAUUUUGUAGGGGAAGAACCAAACAGAAACCACGGCUGGGAAGAUGUAAUUCGGCAGGCUCUGAUGCCAGUGACAGUAACUCAGAAUAAUCGUGCCUCAAAUCAAACAACAGAUGGAGAGAAGCAAGUAGAAAAUGUUGACCAUAGUAAUAAGGACAUAAGCCGUAUGUAUCAGAUCAUACCAGAUGAAGUUCUUGGCUCAGGGCAGUUUGGUAUUGUGUAUGGAGGUGUGCACCGAACGAGUGGGAGAUCUGUCGCCAUCAAGGUAAUUGACAAAACAAAACUGCCAACUAAGAAAGAAGCCCACUUGAAGAAUGAGGUGAUUAUUCUCCAGAAUAUUGACCAUCCUGGAGUUGUUACUAUGGAGAAGAUGUUAGAGACCCCAGGCAGGAUAUUUGUCAUAAUGGAAAAACUAAAAGGAGAUAUGCUAGAAAUGAUUCUGUCAAGUGAAAAGCGACGGUUGUCUGAAAGAAUCACAAGAUUUCUUGUGUAUCAGAUUUUAAUGGCCUUGAAACACCUACAUUUCAAGAACAUUGUUCACUGUGACCUUAAACCUGAGAAUGUUCUGUUAUCUUCAGGUUCCGAUUUUCCUCAGGUAAAACUUUGUGAUUUUGGAUUUGCCCGAAUCAUUGGUGAAAAAUCCUUUAGGAGGUCACUAGUGGGAACCCCUGCAUACUUAGCACCAGAAGUAGUGAGAAAUAAAGGAUAUAACAGAUCUCUGGACAUGUGGUCAGUUGGGGUCAUUGUUUACGUCAGUUUAAGUGGAACCUUUCCUUUCAAUGAGGAGGAAGACAUUCAUGAUCAGAUCCAGAAUGCUACUUUCAUGUACCCACCUAAUCCAUGGAAGGAAAUAUCAGCCAGUGCUAUUGACCUGAUACAGAACUUACUACAAGUGAAAACAAGAAAAAGGUACACUGUUGACAAGUCUUUAUGUCAUCCUUGGUUGCAGGAUUAUCAACUGUGGUGUGAUUUACAUGAACUGGAAGCACAAGUGGGCUCUAGAUAUUUAACACAUGAAUCUGAUGAUGCUCGUUGGGAUGUCUACCGACAAGAACACAAUCUCCCUCUGCCAAACUGUGUCAUGUUGUCUCAAGAGCUUCAACAAAGGCCUACCUCUGGCAACCAGUUUUCUUCAGACUUGUUAAACCUCCCAGAAGAAGUGACAUCUGUGAAGUUAUAAGAAAUGGUUUGAAUGUGACAAUUGUUAUGAUAUACAUAUCUAGGGACGAGGGAAACUGCUUUGCUCUGUUCCUCAUGUUUAUUAUAUCAAGAUGUAGGGUUUAGAAGAAGUUCAGAAAAUUCUGUAUGUGGGAAGAAAUAGCAGUUUAAGUGCCAAUAACAACCCUUAGUUGAUGACUGUGUAUGCUGAAUACUUAUACUAGAUGAAAGACUCCAAUAUAAUUUCUGUUUCUUUCAUUUUGUUAAGCUGCUAUAUACGCUUGACUUGUGACAACUAGAAAGUUACUGGAUACUAGGUCUGGGGUAUGAGAUUGAACUUUGAUAUUUGAUUAAUAUUUACAAGCACUGUAUUUUUAUCAGUUUUAUGAUUUUUCCAUCAUAUUAAUUUUUUGUUGUUGAAUAUUUGUACAGGCUUUUAAGUUUACUUGUUGAAGCUAAUAAAAAUUAAGGUUAUUAGAAGAUGUGUAACAAUUCACAGUAUGAUUAAUGCCAAAAGAACAAGUACAAAUAGACAACAGGCCCUGUAACCAGCACGUGCUUCAUCUUACAUUUCAUUAUUUAUACUUAGGUAAAAAAAAUCUGUAAGAUAACAGAUAAAUUUACAUUAUAUUCUUGCUAACAUCUAAUGAGAAACUUUAACUUUUAAAGACUUACUUUCAUGUUAAAAGUUUAGAUUGAUUAUUAAUUCAUUAGCUAAGUCAGUGUGAGUUAUGUAGCAGAAUUUAAAAAAAAUGUUUAUUGGCAAAAAAGUAUAGAAAAUUAGUUUUAUAAUGACUAAUUUAGAGAUGCUGUAUAUUUUUUAACAUUUUCUCAUGACAUGAAUACAAUAAAAUAAGUUUAUUAGCACGGUGGUAAUAAAUAGCUGAAAUAUUUUAUCACCUUGCCAGAUCAGGUCUAGAUUUAAAUCAAAUAGGUAACAUUUGCAUAGAAACUUUAUUUUGGCAAAUGCAGAAAAAAAACGUUUCUAAUAGAAUUAUGUUAAACAUAUACAAGUAUUGUUAGUUUAUGUUUUGUUUUAAAAACAGCUAAAAAUAUUAACAGUCACUCCUUGAAGCAUUACAACAUAUCUGAAACUGUUGUUCAGAGUUGGUUAUUUGGCUUAAAAUUUGUUAUACUUUUGAAAAUGUUGGAUAUAGCAUCCAAAAUGGAUUUUUUUUUUGCUAGAAGAGGUAAUUUAAGGCUCUCAGUGGUAUAAAUGUUUUCUAUAUAGUUUUUAAGAAUUUGACAAAUACUUUAGUGUGAUGUUGUAAGACAAAUUAUAACACUAGGAUGAAUGUAAAAAUAAUAAAGUAAAAUGCUUUCUUUAGGUCUAUAAGAACAGAAAACCAUGUUUAAUAUUUAGCUUAGUUUCUAUCCUUUAUAGUAAUUUUAGAUCAAAUUAAAAAGGCAAAAUUGUAUAUUUCAAAGUGUUGAAACAUAGAUCAUGUUGUAAAAUAUGAUUUAAGUGGUCAGAUUUAAUAUAAUUUUAAUACCUUAUUUUACUGAUAGUUGUUAUUCUUGUUUAACUUCUACUUUGUUGAUAGCUUUCCAUUUCUGAAAGUGAGAUUUUGAUAUAUGUUUCUGAGUUUUGGACCAUUGUUUAUUUUAAGGUGACAAUCAUGUAGAUAAGAAGGAUUUGAGUGUAAUAUAAAAUAGUGAUUAAUGUUGUCAUACCUUAUGUGAAAGACAAUGUUACAUUCAUCAGAUAUACUGUAUACUAGAUGAUAUGAUCUUCUUUAUGCUGUUGCCUUUUUUAAAAGUCUGGAAUUUAUUACAUUCCCCUGUUUUUCUGUUUGUGUAAUGAUAAUAAUUGUUGACUGGGGGGGGGGGUCAUUGUUGAGAAAAAUUUUUCAAGGUAUAAAAAAUUUUACACUUCAGUUAUUAUAUAGCAUUUUUGCAAUGCACAAUAUUAAACCUCAGUAAGUUGCAUAAUUAUAUUUCACUAAUACCUGUGAUAAAUUAAACGUUCAUUUAGUCUUAUCUGUUACUUUGAUUCUUUGCCACAUUAUAUAUGUAUUUCUCAUUGCUAGGAAAAGGAGCCUGUUAAUCUGCAGUAAGCAAACAAAUUCAAAAAUGAAAUCUUAAAGUUCUAAUUUAUAACCCUAAGGAAAUAAGUAGUUACUGCAUUUGUAAACAUACUUAAGGAAGUCACCUGUUGUGGUUUUUACUGGUAUUGAGAUAACUGUGUAAUCUUUACUUUUUAGUUUCAAAUAUGUGACCUAAGAGUUGACCAAUUGUUGAAACUUAAUAGUUGCAUGCGAGUUUAUUAUGCUAACGGCAAUUUAAUGGUGAGAAUAAUACUGAUCUAUGGGAUCUUCUGUGCCAGUAAAUCUGCAUUCAUUCUUGAGAGUUGAAUUAAGGUGAAAUGUUAAGAGAAUGUGUUGAAUAAAAAAGCUGCUCGAAGCUGUUGGGGUGGGCAGUAAUUUAAACUAAACAAUUCAGCCAAUUUUAGUCACUUGUUUAAGAAAUAUUGUGGCUUCUUUAGAUAUAAAGAAAAACUGUACACUCUAAUGAUGAUCUAUGAUUAGUGAUUUUGUCCAGAACAAUAUUAUUUGAGCAAGAUAUUGUUUUUAUUUUAGUGUCUCAUUGGUUAAGGUAGGAAGAAUGUAGCACACAAAACAUUAUGAGGAGUUCACUAGGGAUAAUUAACUUUUUGAUGACUUUGAAACCUGUUUAAUCAUUAUAAAAAUUGGUGAUGAAUUUCAAGAAAAUCUCAUGUUCUACCACUAAUAUUUCAAAUUAUCCAUCCUCUCAAUAACACUAGGUGUGUGAUGAACAUGUAUUAAAUUAUAGACUAGUUAAAUGAAAGCUAGAUGUAGCAUAGUUUUAACUGACUUUAGCUUAAAUAUCCUAAAGUGAACCAUGUUAUCUACACAUUUCAUCAUGAUAUGUGAUGUUAAGUGUCCAAAACAUUAACACCAUCGUAUCUAGACAUGUCAUCAUGAUACCUGGUGUCAAGUAUCCUAAAUGCUAUGCCAUGUUAUCUAGACAUGUCAUCAUGAUACCAUAUUAUUAGGCAUUUCAUCAUGAUACCUGGUGUCAAGUAUCCUAAAUGCUAUGCCUUGUUAUCAAGACAUGUCAUUAUGAUACCACAUUAUUAGGCAUUUCAUCAUACCUGGUGUCAAGUAUCCUAAAUGCUAUGCCUUGUUAUCAAGACAUGUCAUUAUGAUACCAUAUUAUUAGGCAUUUCAUCAUACCUGGUGUCAAGUAUCCUAAAUGCUAUGCCUUGUUAUCAAGACAUGUCAUCAUGAUACCAUAUUAUUAGGCAUUUCAUCAUGAUACCUGGUGUCAAGUAUCCUAAAUGCUUUGCCAUGUUAUUUAGACAUGUCAUUAUGAUACCAUAUUAUUAGGCAUUUCAUCAUGAUACCUGGUGUCAAGUAUUGUAAAUGCUAUAUCAUAUUAUUUAGGCAUUUCAUCAUGAUACUUGGUGUGAAGUAUUCUAAUCAUUACAGAGUUUCUAGUAUUCUACACUAUAUUACAAUAUAUUGUAUCAGAUAUUAAAAUAAUUACACAUUAGUACCUAGUACCAAAUAUCCAAAACACUUCAUCAUUAUACACAAUGUCAGUUAUUCUGAACUCAUUAUGCAUGGUGUCAAGUUUCCUAUGCGGUUUGUCAUGAUGUGUUUUGUCCAGUGCUAUGGUAUUUAAAAAUAAUUGAAUAAACUGACCUAUUUUGGUGGUUGGGGUCCAGCUUGAACAGUAGCAAGGUAAGCACUAAAGGUUAAGUGAGAAGGGAGUAAACACUAUGUUCCCCAAGUAAGAAGUGGAUAAACAAGCUUUACUCUUGCUUUCCUUUGACUGCACCACUGAUGAUUUUAUAAAAUUUUCUAUAUAGAAUGCCAUGAUAGCAACUGUCUAAAAUCCAAGACUUGGUGUUAAAUAUUUUUGAAACAGUAUGAAAUAUUAUGUUAGAUAUGUUCUAGAUGGUUCAUGAUACUGUGAAUCAAAUAUUCUAAACUGUAUCAUGAAGCCUAGUCUCAAGUAUAUAGUAGAUACUACAUUAUGAUACUUGUUGUCAGUUAUAUCUUUGGCACUGCUUCUUCACAUUGCAUUUCUGAGCAGAUUACAGACUAAAACUAUUAUUUACAGCUAUUUUAUGUCUGUCCUGCACGGUAUUAUAUUUUGUACAGUGUGUGGAGAGCACAGUAAAGACUGUAUUUAUAAAAAUUUUAUCAGGUGGUUUAGUACUCUGAUUGAUGUGAACAAAUGAGUAAUUAACCACAAAGCUAUGUAUAUAGGAAGAGGGCAGCUUUGGGUUUGAUAUUUAUAAAUUUGGCUUAACAUGGUUUGCUUUAAAACAUUAUACAAAGUAACAAAUAACGUUAUGUUUCUGUUUGCCAGAACUUUUGGAAAAGCCUCCAGCUAAACUAGUAAAACAGUUUUCACAAUAAAUUUGUAUUUUCCCCAUCACUUAAUUAGAAUUGUAUUUUUUAUCUCAGUUGCUUGUAUUCUAUUGACAGAUACUUAAGGUAGGUUUCAAGUUAUGUUUUCUCUUUAGUGCAACAUGGUUGCAUUCUAUAAAUUUGUUGAUCAUCUUAAUUCCAAUUUUUUGAGGAAAACCAGUGUAAUGCAAGUUAAAGAAACACAUUUAUUAUGCAUAUGACAUACUGAUGAUUAGUUCUAACUGUGAUGAUUCUGCACACUCAUGUAGAUAUAAAGAGGGGUUAUCAAGUUUUGUAGAGAAUUUGUUGUAAUACUAUAUGUCUCCACAUUUUAUGGCAAAAUAAAUGUUUUUAUGAAGUAUUGAA